GGGCACGAAAAUCUCAGAUCCAGCACUGACAAAUUCUCCAUCCUGGUACUCAGCAAAAACAUGAUGAUGGUGGUAUUCAAAGACGUCGACCAAGCAUCAAAUAUGAUCAACAGACUCACCACACUGAACUGCAAUGGAUCAGUGUGCUCACUGUCCCGCUGGAAACAAGAGACAGCACAGAAAGCAAUGAUCUCCCCAGCAACAGCGCAAAAACAGCGACUCAUGAGGGAUCAAUUAUGGGUCCAGUUUGAUAACAUCCCAAUCAGAGGGCAUCCACUGAUCAAGGACAGAUUGGAAGUGGAGUACCCAAACAACAAAGUGUUGAAAUGGGUACUUCCAACCCCGGAGUUUCUGGCCCCACACUGUGACUCUAUGACAACUGUUUUGGAAGUAAACACGGAUUCGAAUCCUGAAUUCCCGGAAGAAUGGGAAUUCUGCAUAGGGGAGGAGGCAUCCUCGGUCACAGUCUCAACGAAAGAUGCCCCCAUCUGCUUCAGGUGCAGAGAGAGAGGGCACUUGGGCACUGACCCAGCGUGCCCCAGAUCCCCCGAACACUCCAAAGAGAAAAAGCUAAGACAAAACAUGCUGGUGGAAGUCGAAGAGGCAAAGGGGAUAUGGUUCGUCAACGACCAGGAUUACAACGGAUGGGUCUUCGACGACACCAUCGACGAUCCGAAAUGGAUCUGGACUUACAACACGAACCCGUCAACGAAACAGCCAGACAUUUUCCCGCCCUCAGAUAGCAGAUGGCACGCAAUGGGAGCAAAGAAAGUAACAGGUAUCCCAGGCAAAAUUCACAAGGAUCAGAUCAUCGACCCACGGGCGAUCAAGGAAGAGAAGAAACACGAAGAUCUGUUGUGGGACAUGGAGACAAUCAGGACAAAGACAGCAGAAACGUGCCAGAACACUAACCUUGAUAACAACACCCUGCUGCAGGAAGCAAAACACCGCCAACCCAAACCAGAGCUCCCCAUGCACUCAAGCGGAACGCCUCUCCCUCCGCCAAGAUCUGUCAUGAGGACAGGGCAGGAAAGAAGAGGAGGGCAACAGAGGGGAGCACAGGGAAGGGACAAGAGACCAAGGGGGCCCCCCAAAGACGAAGCUGGCAGCAAGAACGAACAGCGCAGACUCACGCAGGAGAUUGCAACAGUCGCAGCUCAGACGAAGAGACUGUUCGACCAGAACCAGGACUACAAAAGGGAGCAAGGCGAGAAGUUUGUCACAGUCCGCAUGAUCGCAGAGAACAAGGCGCCCAACGUGCCCAAAGCAGCGAUUACUGAUAGGGGAUCCAUCAAGGCAAUAAGACCGUUGCUUCCAGUGCGGUAUAGGAGCAAAUUCAAUGAGUGGCAGGUGGCCACAGACGCAACAUUCACAAUCCCAACCCUCGACGACGACAAAGCCCUGGUCAAGAGCAUCAGGGACAACAUCUCAACGGAGACUCCGAUGGGGGUGUACGAGGUCCCACCACGCGAACAGACAGCCGAAGGGAAGACGCUGGAAGAACCAAUCUUCACCCCCUUCGACCCCAUCCUGGUCAAGCUCGACGAGAGGGCAAAACUCAGCGAAGGCCUGACCUGGAGGGCAUGGGACACAAUCACAAUGCUGCCGUACAACGUGCUGAACGGGAGGUUCAGCACGACCGACAUCAUUGCAGAUUCGCUGGCAGACAUCAUCAGGACCCGACUAUUGACCUCCAAGACCUCGCUGCAGGACGAGGCAACUCCCAUCAAUGUGGACAUGGGAAGGGAAGAUUCUGACAUGGAGGACAAGGACGACGUAGAGAGGGAAGAGGACAACAAGAUCUCCCCAGGGGGAGACAACAAUGAGCCUCCAUCUAAGUCGGAGAGCAGCGUUGGGGAGUACGGCCUGAGCUCCUCAGCAGCAAGCGAGGACAGCAGGGACUCCGACACCGACAACAGCAAGACCCAGGCAGUUGUGGACUGAAUCAACUUACCAUAGCAGAAUUACAACCCCACCCCACAAACUAACGAAAUCACAGCACCAAGAACCAA